AUGCUGGAACUACUGCCAAACCAGGCACACCUGAUGCUGGAACUACCGCAAAACCAGGCACACCUGAUGCUGGAACUACAGCCAAACCAGGCACACCUGAUGCUGGAACUACAGCCAAACCAGGCACACCUGAUGCUGGAACUACCGCCAAACCAGGGACACCUGAUGCUGGAACUACCGCCAAACCAGGCACACCUGAUGCUGGAACUACCGCCAAACCAGGCACACCUGAUGCUGGAACUACCGCAAAACCAGGCACACCUGAUGCUGGAACUACAGCCAAACCAGGCACACCUGAUGCUGGAACUACAGCCAAACCAGGCACACCUGAUGCUGGAACUACCGCCAAACCAGGCACACCAGAUGCUGGAACUACCGCCAAACCAGGCACACCUGAUGCUGGAACUACCGCCAAACCAGGCACACCAGAUGCUGGAACUACCGCCAAACCAGGCACACCUGAUGCUGGAACUACCGCCAAACCAGGCACACCUGAUGCUGGAACUACCGCCAAACCAGGCACACCUGAUGCUGGAACUACAGCCAAACCAGGCACACCUGAUGCUGGAACUACAGCCAAACCAGGCACACCUGAUGCUGGAACUACAGCCAAACCAGGCACACCAGAUGCUGGAACUACAGCCAAACCAGGCACACCUGAUGCUGGAACUACAGCGAAACCAGGAACACCUGAUGCUGGAACUACAUCCAAACCAGGCACACCUGAUGCUGGAACUACAGCCAAACCAGGCACACCAGAUGCUGGAACUACAUCCAAACCAGGCACACCUGAUGCUGGAACUACCGCCAAACCAGGCACACCUGAUGCUGGAACUACAGCCAAACCAGGCACACCUGAUGCUGGAACUACAGCCAAACCAGGCACACCUGAUGCUGGAACUACAGCCAAACCAGGCACACCAGAUGCUGGAACUACCGCCAAACCAGGCACACCUGAUGCUGGAACUACCGCCAAACCAGGCACACCUGAUGCUGGAACUACAGCCAAACCAGGCACACCUGAUGCUGGAACUACCGCCAAACCAGGCACACCAGAUGCUGGAACUACAGCCAAACCAGGGACACCUGAUCCUGGAACUACAGCCAAACCAGGGACACCUGAUCCUGGAACUACAGCCAAACCAACUGUGCCAAUUACAACUUCUCCUACUACUCCUUCUACUAUUGCCACCACCACUAAGCAACCAAUUCAGUGUGAGAAUGGAGGUACACCAGGUCCUAAUGGCCAGUCUUGCCUCUGUCCUACUGACUUCGAGGGGGAAACCUGCAGAGAUGUCAAAACUAACAUAGUGCCAGGUAUGUGAGACAUUUUGUACAACAAAAACAAUUUGCAAAACCAAAACAGCCCUGAGAUCCUACUUUUCCUUUGAUUAAUAAUUACAGCAAAUUAAAUAGAUCAGUGAUGAAUACAAGACUUUGAUUGCUUUCACUUUGAUAACUUAGAAAGCAUAAUAUAUUAGAAAUAGUACUUCAUCUAUUUUAGUUGUCAACUGGUUAUAACGCAUUCACUAAUUUUGUCACUUGGUCUUCUUGUAGGUACGCUCAAUAGGGCAGUAGAGGUUAAUAUGGAAACUGAGGACACAUACAUAACAGAAUAUAAUGACAAAACUUCAGCGGAAUACAUUGCGAAGGUGAAGACUUUCACAACAGAGGUAAGAUAAAACACUAAUGUAUGUUAAAUAAGAUAAAACACUAAUCAAUUAAAGUGUUAAAUACAUUUAAGUAAAAUUAAAGAUUUGUAAAGUAAUGUGGAUCAAUAAAAAAAGAAGAACUGCUGUUUAAGACAGCAGGUGAUUUUCUAUUUAAUUACCACAGAUGCCAUGGGGGUUGAGUCAUUUUAUCUUAAGUCUUCGUGAAUAUGCAGUGAUCACUGUUUACAUUUCAGAUGACGACAUACUACAAUCAAAGGAUACAGAAUUUCAGUGUGGAAAACGUAACUUUGAGGUACUAGACUAGCAUACCAAAAACACCACGGUACAUAUUUGCAAAAUUACAAUUUCACCCCGUAUCCUAUCCUACCCCUUAUAUUAUAUAAAGGUGAUCUAUUGACAAUAUAAAGACCUGUCCACGUUGUCAUGAGGUUAUAUGAAAAUGUAAACAAAGAUUUUGCAGAGAUGAUCUCAUUGAUCUUCCUUAUUUUUGUUCUGACAGUGAGGGGUCAGCUAUCUCCAAACGCUCAGGACGUCGUAUAGAGGAGAAAAGGGUCAAUGUAAAGGACGAAGAGAAUCUCUUACAUUCUUAUUCAUACUGUAUAAUCAUUUUUAAUGCUGAUAUUUAUGUUGUUUUGCUCUGUGAUGCUUGCUUUACAGAUGGGAAACCCCAUGCACAACCCCAAGGAAAUAACAAAUCGGUAAUUUAAAUAAGUGAUUCAUUAAUAGGUCUAUGAUGCAUAAACACCUUUCAACUUUGGUGAUGGUUGGUUACCACCAGGGUUGGGGUUAAUUCCAUUUGAUUUUCAGUUAAUUCAGAUAUAUGUACACUGAAAUUCUUCAAUACUUUUCCAUUAGGAAAAUAUGGAAUUGGUUUAACUUUCUGAUUUAACUUUAACUGAAAUGGAAUUGACCCCAACCCUGGUUACCACAGAAUUCAAAUAGGUUAGUGGUAGUUGGAUUUGCCAAGACCAAGCCCUCAGUUUACAAAAAAAACAAAUGUUAGGCCUCACUGUGGGAAGAAACAGAAGUUCCGGAGUGUUUCUUUAAGUGCAAAAUAGCCUCAAAGACUUUUACUCAACCUCCUUUCUUUAGUUUGAAGGUCAAACACAAUAUCAUUCUGGUGGUUCCGAAUGAAGCAGGAGCUGAGGAAAAGUAUAACAACUCCUUUAAAAACAUUUCUUCAGCUUUGGAAACAUUAAAACACUGUACUUCAAGCGAAUCAGGUAACAACAAUAUAAAGUCACAUCUAAAAACACACCCUCAUAAUACACACACCAAUUCGAAUCAAACUACCAUUGUUAAGACAAUAAGAGUAAAUUCUGCAGUGGUUCAGUUAACAUAUUUUUUGACCUCUUCCCUCAGGUUGUCCUACAUUUAGUGUUUUCUCAGCUGAACCAAAAGAAAUAGCAGUCGAUGGCGAAGGUGAGAACAUACAGACGGAAGACUAGAGGAAGCAGGAGGAAAGGGGAGGAAGGGAACAAUGGUGCAGCAGAUAGGGGAAAUAUUCCCUCAUUAACAAAAUAAGAGUUUAGACCAGAGCAAGAAGGAAAUUAAAGAUAUAACAAAUAUUUCUCUCUCUCUCUCUCUCUCUCUCUCUCUCUCUCUCUCUCUCUCUCUCUCUCUCUCUCUCUCUCUCUCGCUCUCUCUCUCUCUCUCUCACAGCUGUAUGUCAACAAACAAUCAACCCUGAUAUUGCUAAAUACUUUGAGUCUUACAGUAAAGAUGGGGAGUAUUUCUGUGUGACGGCAUGUGACUCCAGACAUAAUAACCAUAAAAACUGCAACAGCGGUAAAUGUGUAGUAACCAGAUCCGGACCGUCAUGCUAGUAAGUUCUAAACUUUAUAUUCAGUAUACUAGAUAAUUAUAUAUGUAUGUUAUAUAUAAUGUUAUAUUAAAGGAGAGGAGAUAUAUAUUCUCUCCUAUAAUAUUAAUUAUAUAUAAUACUGUAUAUAUUGUAAACCUUUGGGGCGAAUUCCAUUCAUUGCUACAGUUUGAUUUGGUCACCACUUCCUCACAGUAGAAUAAAGCUAUAUGUCCUGUCUAUUUCAGCUGUAAAAACACAGACUCAAUCUGGUACCUGACGGACUGUAACUACCCGAUCCACAAGACUGGGUUAUACACCGGAAUCAGUGUAACUGCCGGGGUUGUCCUGGUGAUGGUUGGAGUCCUGAUAGCGCUCCUGGUGGUGAACAAGAAAAAGGAAAAGAGGUAGAUGGGGAUGAGAUGAGAUGAAGGAGGAGUAGAAUGAUAGAGAGUAGAGAAAGAUUGAUUAUUGUAUUUUCAAUGAAGAAAUUCAUUUUGUCGUAAAGUAAAAAUACUCAAUAUUUUUGCAUCUCCCCUCCCCUCCCCUCCUCUCCCCUACCCUACCCUCCCCCUCCCCUCCCCUCCCCCUCCUCUCCUCUACCCUCCCCUCCUCUCCCCUCCCCAUCCCCUCCCCUCCUCUACUCCUCUCCUCUACCCUCCUCUACCAGGAAUAAAGACACUAAGCAGGAGAUGGUGAACCAGUGGCUUGAGGAUGACUUUGAAUGGCCCACACCCAACGCAAUGUCCACCACAACACCUCACCCAGGUACCUCGUCUUUGUUUUUAUGUACACUACCAGUCAAAAGUUUGGACACACCUACUCAUUCAAGGGUUUUUCUUUAUUUCUACUAUUUUCUACAUUGUAGAAUAAUAGUGAAGACAUCCAAACUAUGAAAUGACACAUAUGGAAUCAUGUAGUAACCAAAAGAAGUGUUAAACAAAUCUAUAUAUAUUUUACAUUUGAGAUUC